CCCAGCAAGAAAAUGCUUCUAGCAAACGUGAGCAACAGAUUCACAACUCAAAAAGUGCAAAUACUGUUUCUGAAGAAGAGCUAUGGACAUCCCCAGCACUCUACUUUUGCUGGGUUCAGUGAUAGCUCUGUUAAUAUUGCUCAGAUGGAGGAAUAAACCACAGAAUCUUCCUCCAGGACCUACAGCUUUGCCUCUCCUUGGAAAUAUUCUCACCCUGGACAACCGUGCACCCUUUAAAAGCUUUUUAAAAUGGAGUAAGACUUAUGGUCCUGUGAUGACGGUGUACUUGGGAACCAAGAGAGCCCUCGUCCUGGUGGGCUAUGACACAGUGAAAGAAGCCCUGGUUGACAACGCGGAUGAUUUUGUUGGCAGAGCCCCUGUUCCUUUCGUGCAGAGAAUUCUGAAAGGCUAUGGCCUUGCGAUCAGUAAUGGAGAGCGCUGGCGUCAGCUCAGGAGGUUCUCACUCACUACACUGAGAGACUUCGGGAUGGGACGCAAGAGGAUGGAGGCGUGGAUACAGGAAGAGAGCAGAUACUUGCUGGACACCAUCAAAGAAAAAAAUUGUGCUCCAUUUGACCCCACGUUCUACCUGAGCAGAACUGUGUCCAACAUCAUCUGCGCAUUGGUGUUCGGCCAACGCUUCGGUUAUGAAGAUAGCCACUUGCUGCAUCUGCUCCAGAUCAUCUCUGGAGUACUUCGGUUUGGCAGCAGCACAUGGGGACAGUUGUAUAAUACCUUUCCAUGGCUGAUUGAGCUACUUCCUGGGAAGCACCUCAACAUUAUAAAUGAUGUGGAUCAACUCAAGACCUUUUCUAGGAGCAAAAUACAAGAGCACAAGGACAGUUUGGACCCUGAUAACCCACGAGACUUCAUCGACUGCUUCCUCAUCCGACUCAACCAGGAAAAGGACAAUCCCAAUACAGAGUUUAACUAUGAGAAUUUGAUAGCCACUGUCUUAAACUUAUUCCUGGCUGGGACUGAGACCACCAGCACUACUCUCAGAUAUGCUCUGAUGUUACUGAUCAAGCAUCCUGAAAUACAGGAUCGCAUGCAGAAGGAGAUUGACAAUGUGAUUGGACGAGAGAGAAGUCCUUCAUUGGAAGACAGGAAGUCCCUCCCAUUUACUGAUGCAGUAAUCCAUGAAGUGCAACGCUAUGUGGAUUUGGUGCCUCUCAACCUUCCUCAUUACACCACACAUCAAAUUAAAUUCAGAGGCUACACAAUUCCGAAGGACACAGUGAUCCUCCCCACGCUUCACUCUGUUCUGAGGGAUGAGAAUUACUGGGAGAAGCCCUGGACAUUUGACCCCAAACACUUUUUGGAAGCAAAUGGCAACUUUAAAAAGAACCCUGCUUUCCUACCCUUUUCUGCCGGUAAGAGGUCCUGUGUGGGCGAGUCUCUGGCGCGUAUGGAGCUGUUUAUUUUCCUGGUGUCUCUGCUGCAACAUUUCACCUUUACCACACCUGGAGGACCUGAGAGCAUCGAAGCUACUCCUGAAAUCAGUGGCUUUGCCAACUUGCCCCACAAAUACCAGCUCAUCGCUACCCCCCGCUGAACUUUUACAUUACUGCAGGCUGAUAGUGCAGAUUUUCUUUACUUUACUAAUGCAAAUAUUCUAGCUAGACGUUAUCUCAUCAAAAUUUUACUCUUCUGUCCUCUCCAAUGCACACAAAGAUAACCGAAGGUACACUAUAUGGCCAAAAAAUUAUGUGGACAGCAAAGGAAUGGAAGUUUAACAAGCACAUGGGUGUGAUUAUCAGGUAUCCACAUACUGUUGACUAUAUAGUGUACACUUUCAUAAAGAAGGCCAUAAUUUCCAUAGAAGGACAUAAUGUCCAAUGAACCAUUUACCUGACAUAAGAGUAAAUGUAAAGGAAAAGGUUCUCGAAAUCAUUUCAAGAUCCUUGAUAAUUCAAGGACUGGAAGAGUUUGGGGUUAUAUUUUUUGUUAUACCACAGUACUGUUGCAUUCUCAAAUGAUUAAAUAUUUGCAUUCUCAAAUGUGAUUGGUCAAAAAGUGUUGAAUAAUUUUCUGUAAAAUCUGCUCUGACCGUUCUGGCUGCAAGACAAAUCAUGGAUUUAUAAUAAUACGCUUGUUUGAAUGCAUUAUUGUUUAUAUACUCUAGUAACAGCUAAUUCACAGGGACUUGUAGGCCAAAUGCUCCACAUAAAUGGAUUUAAAGUGUGCAGUUAUUUCACACAGAGAAAUAUUUAAUCAAUGUUAUGUAGGGAGAUGUUUAUUUAACAUUUAUGGAAGGAGUCUCCAGUGCCAGCACUGGAACAGUCAGUAAAAUGUCCUCCAUGGGAGAGUCAACAGGCCAGUUACUGCUUUGUUGGUAACAUGACAAACUGUGUUUUUUUUGUCUUGUUAACUUUAAGACAGGGCAAAAGCAAUGACUGUUUAUAGCUGUUAGUGGUAACAGGAAGUAACUUGUUUCAAUGAUAUUCCACAUUUUUAUAAAAUGUUGUUCUUAAAUUUUAAAAAAAAUUGUGCAUGAUAAUUGCUCAGAAUUCCUGUGAUUAUCAUUUAUGAUUUUUAAAAACUUUUUUCCUUGAAAUUAAAACAAGAGUUGUUUAUUCAAAA